AUGUGGUGGAUGUUGUUUCCACGGUGGAUCUGGUUCCUGGCGUGUAUGUCAGUGUGGAUGGAGCUCCAUGUCGGAGUUUUGUCCCACAUCAUCUAUUCCCACGCGGGCAUGUGCCCCAAUGACAUGAACCCUAACCUGUGGGUGGACGCCAUGAGCACCUGCACACGAGAGUGUGAAUCUGAUCAGGAGUGCGAGUCCUUUGAGAAAUGUUGCCAAAAUGUCUGUGGGAAUCGGAGUUGUGUGGCAGCCCGUUAUAUGGACAAAGAGAAGGGCCCCGUGGGAAUGCCCAAGGAAGCGACCUGUGCCAGUUUUAUGUGCACCCAGCAGGGGUCUGAGUGUGACAUCUGGGACGGCCAGCCGGUGUGUAAAUGUCGGGAUCGCUGCGAGAGGGAGCCGCACUUCACUUGUGCCUCUGACGGCAUGACAUACUACAACAAGUGCUACAUGGAUGCAGAGGCUUGCUCCAAAGGCAUCACCCUCUCUGUUGUCACGUGUCGCUUUCACCUCACCUGGCCGAACACCAGCCCCUCACUGCCCCAGGCCACCACUCUUCGUCCCACCACUGCUCCCCUGCAGGCGACUAUCCCCCCUCCCACUGAGCCUCAGCCCCCCGUGGUGGUCAGCAGCCCAGCUCAACAGACUGUGAAUGUGGGGGACACAGCUAGCUUCCUGUGUGACGUAACAGGUCGGCCCCGCCCGGAGAUCACCUGGGAGAAGCAGCUGUCAGAUGGAGCUGAGAGGGUGAUCAUGAGGCCUAACCAUGUGCGGGGGAACAUGGUGGUCACAAACAUCGGUCAGCUGGUCAUCUACAACGUCCAGCCUCACGAUUCAGGUGUCUACACCUGUUCGGCUCAAAACCCAUCGGGCUCUGUGAAGGCCAACCACCCGCUCAGUGUGCUGCCCACAGAGGUGCUUAAAACUCCUGAGCCCAAGAAUGUGACCCGCUGCCUGCCUGAGGAGUGUGUGAAGCCCCCUGAUAGCUCAGAGGAUUGUGGGAGUGAGAUGGAAAAAGUCAGCUGGUACUAUGAGCCCAAGACCAAUAACUGCUUUUCCUUUACACACUGCCACAGCAACAACAACAGCCAGCCGUCCAGGAAGGUGUUUGACACAUACGAAGAGUGCAUGCAGUGCUGCGGUCCAGAGCUAUCAGGACCCUGCGGGCUCCCCAGCCUGCAGGGCCCCUGUAAGGCGUACGAGCCACGGUGGGCCUACAGCAGCACUCUGCGGCAGUGUCAGUCCUUCAUUUACGGAGGCUGCGAGGGCAAUGACAACAACUUUGAAUCUAAAGAAGCCUGUGAGGAGAUGUGCCCCUACCCAAAGAACCACCACUGCAAGGCCUGCAAGCCGAGAGGCAAAAUGGUGACAAGCUUCUGCCGGAGUGACUUCGUCAUCCUGGGUCGUAUGACAGAGCUGACAGAGGAGAAGGAUUCAGGUCAUGCCCUGGUGUCUGUGGAAGAGAUCCUUAAAGACGAGAAGAUGGGUCUCCGCUUCUUUGGCAAAGAGCCUCUUGAGGUCACUUUUCUCAACAUGGACUGGAACUGCCCAUGUCCGAACAUCACGGGCGCUGCUGCAGAGGGACAGGUCAUCAUCAUGGGCAACGUUAAUGACGGCAUGGCCGUCCUUCAGCCUGAGAGCUAUGUGGGAGCUUCCAGCCCUCGCCGGGUACGGAAACUGAAAGAGGUCAUCUCUAAGAACACAUGUGACAUUCUCAAAGCGAUCACCAACAGCCCUCAGUAG